GCAACAAAAGCACAACACGCGCUCAUCUGCGCUGUCAGUGUGCGCUCGGAUCACAACACAACUUAACCCUCUACACGACGACACCAACGAACCCUCACUGGAAUCAGACACACCCGAGUCUUACACACAGCGCGUUUAUCUGUGUUUGGAUGAAUCGCAGUAUCAAAUUUUAAUCUCGAGUCCAGCGCGCGGAGCAGGAAUGUCCCGGAGGAAACAGAGCAACCCAAAGCAGUUCAAACGAAUGCUUGAAAAUGGGCUUGAGACAGAGUCUGAAGAGAAAGUGUGUGAGAAGGAGAUAUCGAAAGAAGACGACCUCUCUGACCCAGAGAACAUCAUCUCUAAAGACGGAGAUCACUUAAAGAAUGGUGAAAUGGGCGAGAGUUUAAAGGUAGAACAACAAGACAGUGAUGGACAAGAAGAGAGAGUCCAGUCCAGCCCACUGACAGCGGAGGAAUGGGACGGGCCAAGUCAGCUGAAAAUGGUUGGUGAAGGAGGGGAGAGAAGGAUUUUUUCUUGUCAGGCACUUCUACUAGGCACCACGUGGGGUCCUUUCCCUGGGAAGAUUGAGGUGGCCACAGGAGGAAGUGACAAGGUUUCGCUGGUAUUGAGUGGAGGUCCUCGCUGGCUGAUGGACAUGAUGUGGGUCAGUCCAGAGGAUGGGAAGAGCAACUGUGCUGUUUACAGUAAAGGAGGACAUGUGUGGUGUUCCACAACAAAACACAUAAUGGAAGGAGAUGAACUUGCAGCCUGUGUGGUGGAUUUGCACUCGCAUCUUCAAACACCAGCCCAAACUCCCUAUAGUCAAGGGAUGUACCCGGCCCGACAGCUGGACGGCAUCCAACUCCUUCCUCAGCAAGCCGCCAUGGCAUCCAUACUGCCCGGCGCUAUCAUCAACAAAGACAUCUUCCUCUGUAAGGCAUGUGGCAUCUGGUUUCGGAGUGAGAGAAACCUCCAGGCUCACCUUAUGUAUUACUGCAGUGGUCGACAAAGGGACCCGGAGAUGGUUGCAGAGAAAACCACCAAUAUCAGCCAUCAAAUGCUCCGCAAUUGCACAUACCCACAAUGCAAUAUGAGCUUUGCAGGCUCCCAUGCCCUGGAAAUGCACUUAUCUACACAUAACUCUCUCAAGUCAGAUGAGAUAUCAACUGGAAGCAACUUGAAAUGCACAAUUUGUGACUACACCGCUGAAACUCUUAUGGCACUCCAGCACCACAUCCUCUCCCAUCUAUCCCAAACCGGCCUGAGAUGCGGUCACUGCCACUUCACUUUCCAAACUCCCAGAGAACUGGCCAAACACCAGGAGCUACACGGACAUAGCUGUGCUGUCAACAAACUCAAAGAAGACAACUCUCCUAGUAGCAUUUCAGGCAGCCCUCAACAAGUCAGAGCUAACGCAAACAUAAAAGACCUUCAGGAAAGAACAAUACAGCGUGAUAUGAGUCAAAUUUCAGAGUUGGAAAGCACAGAAAGCAGCCAGACAUCCACUAAAAUUGAGGGAAACUCAGGAAACAAGGCUAGCGUUUCAUACUCAAGAGUAAAAUCCGAACCUUCGAGUCCCCGUUUAGCCUCCUCGCCCAUUCAGCACCAACUGCCUCCUGCCUUUCCCAUACCCCCUUUCAUACCACAAAUCCCAUUCUCACAGGAUAUUACAAUGGGCCCGCAGGCAUCUGAGAUACUGGCCAAAAUGUCCGAGCUGGUCCAUCGCAGGUUACGUCAUGGGGGAAACUCUUAUCCUCCAGUGAUGUACAGCACACUUGUGCCAAAAGGAGCGACGUGCUUUGAAUGCAACAUCACCUUCAACAACCUUGAUAACUAUUUGGUGCACAAGAAGCACUACUGCAACACUCGCUGGGAAAAGCCACACGACUUCCCUGGACUACUGGAUAAACCAGCAGGCACUGUAAGCCCUAAAAUUGGAGGUAUGCUAAAUGCCAGCCAUCCAUCUGAAGUGAAAGGGCAUGAGUCGAACCCCAUCGCAGGUGGAAAAGUGACAGAUGAGCUGUCGGCGCACGUUAAAAAAGCCUCAACUCCAUCUGGUGCGCAGGAAAGACCAAACGGCACACAGCUGGAUUUGCAAUCGCCACCGACUGAAACCGACCCCAACCACACAACAUGCGAGGCCUGCAAAAUCACCUUCAGUCGACAUGAGACCUACAUGGUGCACAAGCAGUAUUACUGUGCCACUCGCCACGAUCCUCAAGUAAAACGGGCCAACAAUAAAGGAUCAGCCAAUCAGAAGUCAGUGCGUCCACGUAAAAGAAGAAAGGCAUAUGAGAUGGCCACUCCCGAGCAAGAACACAACAUGCCACCUAUGAGUUUGGCAUCAUUUCUUGGAAUGCCGUACUUAUCAAAGGACCAUCAAAGAUACAACAUGAUCCAGGGGUUAGUACCCAAAUAUCCCGAGGCUUCAUUGACGGUCACGAAAUCAGCUCUUGUGUCCAAAUGUAAUGUAACAUCUAAGGAAGAAGGUGAUGCACCAAUAGAUCUCAGUAAAAAAUGCACACCACAGUUUGGGAUCACUCCGAUUUCCCCGGAAGGACUUAUGGAUUAUCAUGAGUGUGUUGUGUGCAAGAUAAGCUUCAACAAAGUUGAGGACUAUCUUAAGCACAAACAGAACUUCUGCCCAGGUAUUGUUUUGCUAAAUGCUUCCACCGAGAACAAAAACAUCAAAAAAGAGAAUUCGUCGUCUUCCCUCUUUGAGCUCCCGACAACUUCUGACAUACAAGCUUCCGGCGAGGAUCAACUAAUGCCAGUGAAAGAUGACCCGAGGGCCGUGUUUCAACCCACCGCAAAGAAAAUGAGACCUGAGGAACAAAUUUGGCCUUACUAUGAAAUCAAACCCACUGAUUACGCUACAGGGAUGCUGGUGUCACAAAGCGAUCGGAGGCAGAGUCCGAACGAGGGCAGUGAGGGAGAGAAAGACCAGCCGAUGCCUGACGGUAGCCAUCUUAGCGCGGAUGACCCCAAGUCCUCAUCCCUAAAGAACGGUCUUGAAUUUGAAAACGAGAUGGACGACGCUGGACCUAAGCAACUUGAUUCGGCUACACCGGUCAGUUCCAGCGACUAUAAGGAAAGCACAUCUCCAAAGACUGAGGAAGAGAGGAAGAGCUUCAAGAGGAUGUUGAACGGCUCCACUGCCAGCACGAGUAAUUUAAAGUACUGCCGCCCGUGUGACAUCCAGUUUAACAACCUUUCGAACUUUAUAACACACAAGAAGUUUUACUGCUCGUCACACACAGCGGAGCACGUUAAAUAGUGGACCUGUCGCCUGUCUUUAAAUCUUCAUCACACUCUUAGAAGAAAUGGUUCUAUUUAGAACCAGAAAUGGUUCCAUUCCCCGCUUCAUAUA